UUGUCCCGGGCUGCGGUGCGGGAGCCGCGCAUGCCCUGGGAGCGGCGGGGCGAUGCCGUGGGUCCCCGGGGCGAUGCCGUGGGUGCCCGGGGCGCUGCUGUCCCCCCGCGGGGUGUGUGUGUGGCUGCUGCUGGCGGCGGCGGGGCGGCGGGCGGCGGGCGGGGCGGUGAGCGCCCGGGGCAGCCUGGCCUGGGGACCCGGGCUGCGGGCCGAGCUCGCCCUGCCCGUGCGGCACUUCUACAUCCAGGCGGUCAGCGAAGCCGGACGCAACUUCUCCCGCUCCCCUCCAGGAGCAACACAGUUUAAAGUGGUAAUUAAAGCACUUUCUCCAAAAGAAGUCACCAGAAUUUAUACUCCACGCCCUUUGGAUAGAAAUGAUGGCACGUUUCUUAUGCGGUAUCGGAUGUAUGAGAGUGUCAAAAAAGGGUUAAAAAUUGAGAUAUUUUAUGGUGAUCAGCAUGUAGCUCAGUCUCCUUAUAUUUUAAAAGGACCAGUUUAUCAUGAAUAUUGUGACUGUCCUGAAGAAGAUCCUGAGACCUGGCAGAACAUUAUGUCUUGUCCAUCAGAAGAACCUCAGAUUACAAAGGACUUCAGUUCUUUUCCCACCAUUGAUCUCCAGCGAAUGCUUAAGGAAAUCCCAACAAAAUUCAGUCAGUCAAGAGGUGCUAUCGUUCAUUACACUAUUCUCAAUAAUCGCAUCUACCGUCGCUCCUUAGGGAAGUAUACAGACUUCAAAAUGUUCUCUGAUGAAAUGUUCCUGUCGCUGGCAAGAAAGGUUCAUCUUCCGGAUGUGGAGUUUUAUCUUAAUGUUGGAGACUGGCCAGUUGAGUAUCGGAAAACUAAUGAUACACCUGGUCCCAUACCUAUUAUUUCAUGGUGUGGCUCUGUGGAUUCAAGAGAUAUAGUCCUUCCAACAUAUGAUGUAACCCACUCAACUCUUGAAACCCUACGUGGUGUCACAAAUGAUCUCCUUUCUAUUCAAGGAAAUACAGGCCCGUUCUGGGAAAACAAAACUGAGCGAGCCUUAUUUAGAGGUCGAGACAGCCGAGAAGAACGUCUCCAUCUUGUCAAGUUAUCCAAGGAAAAUCCAGAAUUACUAGAUGCUGGAAUAACAGGAUAUUUCUUCUUCAGAGAAAAAGAAAAAGAGCUGGGAAAGGUUCAGCUGAUGGGUUUCUUUGACUUCUUUAAGUACAAAUACCAAGUGAAUGUAGACGGGACUGUAGCAGCUUACAGGUUUCCAUAUCUCUUGCUGGGUGACAGCCUAGUAUUGAAGCAAGAUUCCCAGUACUAUGAACACUUUUAUAUUGGAUUAAAACCAUGGAAGCAUUAUGUUCCGGUUAAGAGAAACUUAGAGGACUUGCUAGAGAAAAUAAAAUGGGCCAAGGAAAAUGAUGAAGCAGCAAGAAAAAUUGCUAAAGAAGGACAAUUAAUGGCAAGAGAAUUACUUCAGCCUCACAGGCUUUACUGCUACUAUUAUAAAGUGCUUCAGAAAUACGCUGAACACCAAGCCAGCAAACCUGAAAUACGGGAUGGAAUGGAACUUGUACCUCAGCCUGAUGACAGAGACUCAGUAUGCAGCUGCCACAGGAAUAAGCCUUUAAGGGAAGAUCUAUAACUGUACCAGAUGGAGAAAAUGCCCCACUUAAAAUGCAAGAAUUUAAAUAGGAAUUAAGCUGUGAAAUCUAAGACACUUAUGCACUAGCAGACAUUCUUAGUUAUGUAUUCUUCUUGUAUUUACAUAUUCUUUUUCACACUGACUCUGACCUACAGUGUUGGUUCCCACAGUUUUGUCUCCAUGACCACUACCAGACAGAUACUGAGCCUGCAACGUGGAGCAUCUGGAGGAUUUGUUUGAUAUAGUGCACCACCAGGAAGAAGAGCACAGUGCUGCUCGUGUUCCAACUGGGACCUAGUUAUCCAAGUUUUAUGAGGAACCAGUCAUCUACAAAAGAUCUUCCAUGAGUCAGUGCAAUUUAUUCUAAAGGCACAUUUGCAACAUACUAAAACAGUAUUAUAAUUUCUUCAUAAAGUUUACCUCAGUGUUAGAUUGUUUUUUGUAUACAAAACAAUUUUCUACCUAGACAAAGAAAAUGAAUAUUUGAGUUUUACAGAUAUCAAAUCUGGUUGCUUUGAGAUUAUUUUGUGGUCUAUGACAGGAAAUAGAAUAGAGAAUACGAUAUAAUAAUCAUCAAUUUCAGAGGAAAAUGAAGAGGGGAGUGGAGAUCAGAAUAAUAUUUUUGUAAGCACCUUGUCUGUGAAUCACCAAAAUUAAAUACUGCUUUAAAGCAGACUGUGUAGCUAUCCCAGUCACGGUGCUUUGAGUGCCAAGACACCACUCUGAAGACUUGUCCCCUGCCAGUGGCUAUGUCUGUGAAUAUAAGCACAGAUGCACAAAAGGACUUGGGGAAUUCAGGUGAAAUAUUGGUGUCUUAGUUCAACAAUGCAGUCUAAAGUAUUUUAGACUACUUGGGUAUUCACACAUGUGAAAUGUGUUAGUAGAGUUUUAGACCAUCUAGAUUGAGCUUCUCUGUAGGUGUCACCAUCUUUUUCACUUGGGUUCGUGAACUACUUUUUCAUGUGACUAAGCUCCCACAGGGAUCUUACCCAUUCCUGAAUUUAAAUCAUACCUGACCCUAUACUGACAGCAGAUCAGACUUCAUUGCUUUGAUUCAAAAGUAUGACAGAAAAACCUAAUGUGCACUUCCUAUAUAACAGUCUAGUGGAUAGAGACCAUACUAAGCAAUUGGGAAGCCAAUUGUGCUCCUUGGUUUGAUCCAAAGCCUUUCUUCCAGAUAGUGCCUUAGCUCCAGACUGAAGAAGAGGUCUUCGGGCCUUCCACUGAAGUUGUGCAGCCAUGAAACUAACAGUACAAAACUCACAGGGCUAAAAAGAGCUGGUCAUACGAUUCUGAUAAAGUGUGCCUUUGGGUCAGGUGGGAGAAAAAUCCUAGCCCUGGAGUUAGGUCCCAAUACCUCUGUUGAUUUUUACCCAAGUUUGUUUACUUCAAAAUGCAUAAGCAGUCCUGGAAGUAUAGACCAAGGCUAAGGCCAAUGCCCACAGAUACCCAUUUCUGUCCUCUGCAUUUUCAUCUUGGCUACUGUAGCCUGCCUGAGCAGCUUCCUACUCAGCUAAGUUCAGAUAAUGUCUUUCAUGGACACCAAAUUCUCCCUACACAAAAAGGAAUGGAAACAUCUUAUGAUUGUGGACUCUUGUAAUUGCUUAAGUCCCCACAACCUACCCCUCUAUACCUCACGCAGGCUUCAUUCUUGGUUCUGCACUGGAAAUUACUCUCAUAAAAUACAUAAAGCAAAAUCUCUACACUAGAACAAGAAAAGAGACUAGAUCUUGCAGUAUUCUAAGUAUGGAAAGAACGUCAAGCUUCUAAAGGGGUUAAUAUCACUGUUCAGCAGUCAUUUAUUACCUUAUGCCAGUUAAAAAACCUGGAAUGUGUUGCUCUAUGCAUCAUCCUCUGUUCUGGUUCUAAUACUAAUAAAUAUAGUGUCUGUAUUUUUAUUCAGCAUGAUAAUCAGUCCUUGAACUUCAGACUACAAAUAUAUGUUUAGCUCAUCUGACAUGAAAUUUUCUGCAUCACAAUUCAGGAACAGGGUUCCAUUGCCUAAGCUGACUCUUCAGACUGUGCAUGCUCCUCUUUCCUUCUCUGUGUACAGUAAUUUUUACUGUAUGAUAUGAUCUUAUUUUGUGAUAUCCAUUGUACUGUGUGCAUUUUAUAUUCACCAGUAUUUAUGGAAGUGGUGUUCUCAGCAACACCAAUUAUACAUGCCAAAUGUCUGAAGCAACAAAGUUUUUCACCUCUCACACACAUAUCUCAACCCCAAAGUCCCUAAAUUAUAUUUUUUAAAAUGGGAGGGAGCAGGGCGAGUCUUGAUGCAUACUUUAGGAUUCUUCAGAAAUAACUCUGUAGGGGAAAACUUGUCUGGCUUGAAACAGAAGUCUUUCAAACUGAAAGAAGAAUCAGAUAAAAUUUAAAUGGUCAUGAAUAUAAAUAAAUGUGAAUAUUUAAUCCCUCCUUUCUUCCCUCAUAAAAAGGGGAAAAAAAACUAUUCUAAAUUCUUCUCUUUCCAAAACAAAGACUGGUUUGUCACAGAAUGCCUUACCCAUGCUUUAUAGCUUACAGGCAAGAAAUACCCUGAAAAAUAUGAAUAUGCUCAUCUUCCUGCCAAAAUUAAAAAACAGUAGAGAAGUGGUAGAACUUUCAUUGAAAGUGCUUAGUCAUUUGAGAAAAUCUGGUUCAAUUUAUAACUACAGAUCUUCCACAGAUAAAAGAACGUAAGGCAAAUCCACUCUUCUCUCCAUUGGUUGUACGAUGUGCAGUUUAUAUUGUAAUGAAGAGCUAACAAUUGCCCCUCCGGGCCAGAAAAGAUGUCAGAUCUGUUUUAGUUUGAUGAAAAGAUGAUACUCAUUGACCUGGUGUGUUACAGGAAUUUGCUAAAUAUUCAGGAAAACCUGUUUGUACAAGUAAAUUUAAUACAUCACACAGUACUUUUGAGCAACAUACAUACACUAAAGUUUCUAUUAUUGUAAUUCUUGAAAUAAGAGAAUCUAUUGUGCACCGAGUAGCUGGUGGUAAUUUAAAAGAAAAAAGUUACCAUACGACAGUAUUGAAUUUUGCUACAGUAAUUUCAGCUUCUAAUACUCAACAUAGGAUUUAAUAUAGAGUAAAAUCUGUCCUAUUUUCGUAGGAUCAUAGAACCAUAGAAUACUUUCAGUUGGAAGAGACCUUAAAGAUCAUCCAGUUCCAACCCCCCUGCGAUGGGCAGGGACACCUCCCAGUAGAUCAGGGUGCCCGAGGCCCCAUCCAACCUGGCCUUGAACACCUCCAGGGAUGGGACAGCCACCAAUUUUCACCAACGGCAGUAAUUUUUGACACACUGUAGAGCUUGUAACUGGUGAUGGAGACAGGCUUAUUGGUUUGAAAUGGUAUGUCCUACAGCUCAGGGCAGUUAUUUUCAAACAUAUUUUCUACAUAGAAGUGGUCUGACUUCCAAAAUCGUUGGUCGUGUAGAGUCUUUAGUUAAGGUUCCUUAUUUUCAGAUCCCAUUAACAUUAACCGUAGUUUCAUAAGUGAACACUCCAGAAAAUUAGUCCUGUGUUACGCCCUACUACAUUUGGGUACAACAUUUGGAAAUACACAACCUCAAUUUCAUCUUGAAAUGAGAACUAGUAAACCAUGAUCUGUUGAACAUAAAGGAGAUAUAAAUUCAGAACAUUUUUAGACUCUAUCUUUUGAGAUUUAUCUCAAGAUAACUAAUAUACUAGUUUCAUGACAAUAUUGUGCCAGGUCCGCCUUGUAGAUCCAUAAUUAAAAACAACCUAUAAUCAAAGCUUGCCUGAUGGAAUGUUAGAUUCAAGUAUCCGUCCUGGGAAGCAUACGCCCGACAUUUAUUACAUUAGAAAGUAAAUUAUUUAGUUAGGGAGGAGAGCUGACAGGGAAAACAUACAUCACCUGUUUGAGCACGUUUGAGAAGCUUGCAAAGAAAUGAUAAUAAGGAAAAGAAGCAUUACAUAAACGUAGGAUAUUAUCAGCUCCUUUAUUGCUUCAGUUUUUCAAAAGUGUUCUCUCUAAGGGCAGUGAUGAAGUUAUAUAUAAUUAUAUUGGUUUAAUUCACAGGAUUUAACCACUAGAAUCUUCUUGUCUGUGAAUACUUUUAUAGCAUUUUAAUAAGGCUAUAUAAGUGCUAACAUUUGGCUUCUCUUUUGAGUUGUUAAUAAUAUAAGAAAAUCUACAACGUAGUGAGUUAUGGAACUAAGUUUGCAUUGUGCUGUAAGAAUAAGGGGGAAAGGAUUAUUUUUUAUAUGUUUGUUUGAAGACAUUUGAGACAUCUGUAACACCUUAAUGUGAGUGGUGAUAUGUAAGAGGUGUAUUAGCAAGAGCAUAGCCAGCAGCUCAGGGAACAUUUCUUCGCUUCGGUUUGGCAGAUGUGAGAUGGCAGUUGGCGUACUGGUCAGUUUUGGACUUGCCUACACAAGAAAUGCAUUGGCACUGUAAAGCAGAUCUGGCUGAGAACCAUCAAGGUGAUAAAGGGGUUGAGGGACUUGAAGCAUGAGGAGGAACUGAGGGAAAAGGAUUAGGCCAGCCUUAUAAAGAAAAGGCAAGGGAAAUAUUACAUUGCUGAACUCUAAAGGGAGGGUGUAGAAAAGGUGAAGCCAGACUUCUCAGAGAAGUCCUACAAACAGCAGACACAAGCUGAAACAUCGGAAAUUCCAAUUAGAUAAGGGAAAAAAUAUCUUCACAAUGAUAUACCCAAGGAGACAAAGCUUGGCCUGAAUGACCUCCAGAUGUUCAUUAUUCUACAAACUACAUUUUGGUCACAAGACAAGGAAUUAUCUAGUCACAUAGCAGGAGGAUAAAAACAUCCAGCUCUUGAGAGUCCUU